AUGAUCUACACAAUUAUCCUAAUUGUUGUCAUUCUAUACUUUGUGUCUCUUAUUGUCAGAGACAUCGGUUCCAACCCAUUGGCAGAGGCAGAUAGCACAGAACCUCCAGCACAAACCGACUUUGUGCCCAAAACGCUUUGUAAAUUCAACGGCAAGGAUGAUCCCAAAGUGUACUUGGCAAUUGAGGGUGUCGUUUUCGACGUGACAGCUGGCAAGGGCUUCUAUGGACCAGGUGGUCCCUACGAGAACUUCGCUGGAAGAGAUGCAUCUCGAGGAUUGGCUCUCAACUCGUUUGAUCCCGCCGUUUUGACGUCGCUUGACGAGCCUCUUGAUACCUUAGAGGGUCUCUCCACAGAGGAAAGAGAGUCAUUGCUGAACUGGAAGAGCCAUUUCGGCAACAAGUAUACUGUUGUAGGCACUUUGAGCAACCCAUAG